AUGUCGCUGGCAGACGACGGCUUCGAGGCCCUCCUGGAGCCAUUCUACAACGGCAAGAAGCUCACGGAUCCCGUGUCCACCAAGGAAGACAAGUUCCAGCUGCUGCCCGCCUUCCUCAAGGUCAAGGGCCUCGUCAAACAGCACAUUGACUCGUACAACUUCUUCGUUGAGCACGAAAUCAAGGACAUUGUGCGCACCAACCGCACCAUCCGCAGCGAUGUCGACAGCAAUUUCUGGCUAGAGUUCACCGAUAUCCGUGUCGAACGGCCGCGCCGACAAGACUACAACGAUGCCAAGUCCCGCACCGAGGUCACUCCGAUGGAGUGCCGGCUGCGUGACAUGGCCUAUGCCGCCCCCAUCUUGGUGGACAUUGCGUACAUCCGCGACAAGCAAAAGAUUGUCCGCAAGGGCGUGCCUCUGGGGCGCAUGCCGGUGAUGCUCAAGAGCUGCAAAUGCCGGCUGAGUGGCGCCACCAAUGCGCAGAUGGAGGCGAUGAACGAGUGUCCCUUGGAUCCCGGCGGCUACUUCAUCAUCAACGGCACGGAAAAGGUCAUCUUGAUUCAGGAACAACUCAGCAAGAAUCGUGUCAUUGUCGAGGCCGAUGAGAAGAACAAUAUCAUCUCGGCUUCCGUCACCAGUUCCACCCACGAGCGAAAGUCCAAGACGUACGUUACGUUGAAGAAGGACCGCAUCGUUCUCACCCACAACGUACUCGUGGAAGGAAUACCCAUCGUCAUCGUGCUCAAGGCGCUCGGCGGUCUCUCCGACUACGAGAUCAUGCAGUUGGUUGCCGGCUCCGACGGAAGAUAUCAAGACGAGUUUCUCAUCAACUUUGACGAGGCGACCAAAGUCGGCGUCUUUACGCAGCACCAGGCCCUCGAGUACAUCGGCUCAAGGGUCAAGAUGGGCUCGCGAAAGGGCCAGUUUGGGCCCCAAGUCCGUAGAAACAGCGUCGAGGAGGGACUCGAUGCCCUCGCCAACUUGGUCAUAGCGCAUGUCCCGAUCGAGGGGCUCGACUUUUAUCCCAAGGCCAUCUACGUCGCCAUGAUGACUCGGCGAGUUCUCAUGGCUUCUCAGGACCCAAAGCUGGUCGACGACCGAGAUUUUGUGGGAAACAAGCGUCUGGAACUGGCAGGACAGCUCCUAUCGCUCCUCUUCGAAGAUUUGUUCAAACGCUUCAUGGGCGAGGUCAAGAUGUCCAUUGACAAGUUCCUGAAGAAGAACAACCGUGCCGUUCCCCUCGAUGCCGUCCACAUGAUCAGUAAUCAUGCUAAUAACAUCGGAUUGGGCAUCAAUCGUGCCAUCCAGACGGGAAAUUGGAGUGUCAAACGUUUCAACAUGAACAGAGCCGGCGUCACGCAUUUCGAGAAGACGCGAAAGGUAUCUGGCCCCCGAGCUCUCCAGCCGUCGCAGUGGGGCAUGCUCUGUCCCUCUGACACCCCCGAAGGUGAAGCCUGCGGUCUCGUCAAGAACCUUGCGUUGAUGACGCACAUCACCACAAACAUUGAAGAGGGUCCCAUCAAGAGGUGGAUAUUCACGCUCGACACCGGGGUCGAGCCCAUCAGAAACUUUUCCGGUGCCGAGAUGCAUCGCCAGGGUUCCUACACUAUACACGUUAACGGCACGCCGUUUGCCCUGACAAGGUAUCCCAAGAGAUUUGCGUCGAGGUUCCGCACGAUGCGUCGCCGGGGCUGGAUAUCACCCUUUGUUAGCAUCAACAUCAACUCACAUUUCAACGCGGUGCAUAUCGCAACGGAUGAGGGCCGGAUUUGUCGGCCGUACAUCAUCGUCAAGAACGGGCAGCAGAAGCUCAAGGCCGAGCACCUCAAGCUGUUGCAGCUCGGAAAAGUAACGUUUGAUGACUUUCUGACCAAUGGCAUCGUCGAGUAUCUCGACGUCAACGAGGAAAACGAUGCACUCGUCACCCUCUACGAGCAUCAGAUCACCAAGAGCACGACGCACUUGGAAAUUGAGCCGUUCACUCUUCUAGGAGCCGUGGCAGGCCUGAUCCCUUUCCCGCAUCACAAUCAAUCACCCAGAAACACGUACCAGUGUGCCAUGGGUAAGCAAGCCAUUGGGGCGAUUGCACACAAUCAGUUCAACAGAAUCGAUACUCUUCUGUACACCUUGGUCUACCCGCAACGGCCAAUGGUCAUUACCAAGACGAUUCAGCUUAUUCACUACGACAAGCUCCCGGCAGGGCAAAAUGCCACCGUGGUGGUCAUGUCGUACUCUGGCUACGAUAUCGAAGACGCCCUCGUGCUGAACAAAGCCUCAAUCGACAGGGGCUUUGGGCGGUGUCAAGUGUUCAGAAAAUACACAACGGAGCUUCAAAAGUACCCCAAUGGCAGGAGAGAACGAAUCGGCGACCCCCUCAAUGAGAUCUCGGGCAACACCAAGCAUCGUCAAGAGAAGUACGAGGCUCUAGAUGACGAUGGUCUCGCAACGGUCGGCUACAGAGUCAAGUCUGGGGAAGUCAUGGUGAAGAAGGAAACACCGCUGGACCUAACGACGACAGGUAUAGGCAUGGACCGCGGGCCGAGCGAGUAUCGCGACUCUGCGAUCUCAUAUCGAAUACCCGAUCCUGCCUACAUAGACAAGGUCAUGAUUUCUCAGACCGAGAAGGACACGACCGUCAUCAAGGUCCAGACACGACAGACACGCCGCCCGGAGCUUGGGGACAAGUUCUCGUCCCGUCACGGUCAAAAGGGCGUGGUUGGCAUUAUUGUCGACCAGGAGGACAUGCCAUUUGCCGACAACGGCCUGACACCAGACAUUAUCAUGAAUCCUCACGGUUUCCCCUCGCGAAUGACAGUCGGCAAGCUACUUGAAUGCCUGACAGGCAAAGCCUCGAUUCUAGACGGCCGCAAAGACUACGGUUUCGGGGAUGCGUUCCGGUCGCAUCCGGUCGAGGAGAUGAGCCAGGUCCUCCUCAAUCACGGCUUCUCGUGGGAGGGCAAGGACUACUUCACCUCUGGCCUGACUGGGGAGCCGUUGGAGGCCUACAUUUUCAACGGCCCCAUCUACUAUCAGCGCCUGAAGCACAUGGUCCAGGACAAGAUGCACUCCCGGUCGCGCGGGCCCAGGGCCAUCCUCACACGGCAGCCGACCGAGGGUCGCUCCAGGGACGGCGGUCUCCGACUGGGGGAAAUGGAGCGCGACUGCCUGAUCGCGUACGGUGCCUCUCAGCUCCUGCUGGAGCGGCUCAUGAUCAGCUCCGACGGCGUCGAGAUCGACAUUUGCCAGCAGUGCGGGCUGUUCGGAUACAAGGGCUACUGCCACACCUGUAAGAGCACAAGGGAGGUGACCAAGAUGUCGAUGCCCUAUGCGGCAAAGCUGCUGGUGCAGGAACUCAUCAGCAUGAACGUCGGAGUGCGUCUCCAGCUGGAGGAUGAGUUUCCCCAUCCGAAAUGA